AUAAGGCAAAUCCGAUACUUACAUAGAACAGCAGGGUGCAAUGCCAGUGGAGGAACCUUAUUUGUGCACAGAGAUAGUCCUGAAAAUAAUCCAGAUACACCAUUUGAGUUCACACCUGAAAACCAAAAGCGAAUAGAAGCAAUCAUAAACAACUACCCAGGGGGACACAAGUCUGCAGCUGUCAUGGCAGUACUUGAUUUGGCCCAAAGACAGCAUGGAUGGUUGCCUAUAUCGGCUAUGAACAAGGUUGCUGAAAUUUUAGAAAUGCCUCCCAUGAGAGUGUAUGAAGUAGCAACCUUCUAUACAAUGUAUAAUCGCAAACCUGUUGGCAAAUACCAUAUUCAGGUCUGCACUACCACGCCUUGCAUGCUGCGAGACUCUGAUAGUAUUUUAGAAGCCAUUAAGAAGAAGCUUGGUAUAAAAGUUGGGGAAACAACACCUGAUAAACUCUUCACCCUGAUAGAAGUGGAAUGUUUAGGUGCUUGUGUAAAUGCACCGAUGGUACAAAUAAAUGACAAUUACUAUGAAGAUUUGACACCCAAAGAUAUUGAAGACAUAAUUGAUGAGCUAAAGGCUGGCAAAGUUCCCAAACCUGGCCCAAGGAGUGGACGUUUUUCUUGUGAGCCAGCUGGUGGCCUUACUUCUCUGACUGAACCACCCAAAGGACCAGGUUUUGGAGUUCGAGCUGACCUCUAAGGAAUUUUGUAAUGUAAGAUGAACUGUCUGAAAAUAAUAAAGUAACUUUAAUCUCAGUAAAAUUA